CUGGAUCCACGCGAAGCCGUGCUGGCUCAAUAUGAUCUGCAGGCUUCGAACAAGCUGUCUCUGAAGCACCUGCGCAGCAACCUCGUGGAGGACCAGUUUAGCCCGACUGCGAACGUGGCUCUGCGCCUCGCGAGGGACAGCUACAACAAGAAAUGCCCGAUGCACCUGGUGCUGGACUUGUCAAGGUACAACUCGCGAGGGCAGCUGUGGCUGGGGUCCGUGCAGGCGACUUCCAACCCUGCGCUGCUGGAGGCUCAUGGAAUCACCCACAUCUACUCGGCGGGCUUCCAGAGAGACCAAACAAAAGACAAACAGCGCUUCUACUUCUUGCCGACCCACGACGGAACAGGAGUGCUCCGCGGCAACGUCAGCUUCGAGGAGGUCAUGAACACGGCCGUGGAGGUGGCAGCAAACAUGAUGAAGGGCGGCUACCGCUACGUCGUUUGCUGCCGGAACGGGGCGCACCGAUCGGCCAUGCUGAUAGUGCUGAUCCUGAUGGUGCUCACUGGUCAGCCAGCAAAGACGGUGGCGGCCUACUUCGUCGACGAGAAGACGGCGUACGUCAUCAAGGCGAGGCAGGCGGCAAAGCUGCCAGCGAUCUGCUUGAAUUCUGCUGGCGCAGCGGGACAGAAAGGCGGUAAAGGCGGCAAGGGCGGCAAGUGGGUGGAAACCAAAAAGAUGCCGUCGAAGCCCCCCCAGCUGGCUCAGCCUGUCAGCAGCGGAGCAGACAGUGCAGACGCUGGCUCAGCGGGUGGUGAAGCGAGCACGACAAAGUCAAAGGCUGCUGGCUCAGCGGGUCUUGGAGUCGCCAAGGCAAAGGCAGAGGAGCGGCCUCCUGAAGCAGCGCCUGUGAAAAAAGAGUUGAAGGAGCAGCGGCCUCCUGAAGCAGCGCCUGUGAAAAAAGAGUUGAAGGAGCAACGGCCUCCUGAAGCAGCGCCUCUGAAAAAAGAGUUCAAGGAGCAGCGGCCUCCUGAAAAAGCACCUGCGAAAGAGGAGUUGAAGACUGAGACAGGACGUGGAGCUGCCCCUGCCUCCGCUUCAAGCGGCCUAAAGCUGGAGCCGUCUCAGGCCGAGAAGGCCCGGGUUGACUUGAAGCCCUGGAAGGCGAGCAGUGUCAAGUUGACAGAGGGGCCAGGUGCCGCUGGCUCAGCGGGAAAAGCGAGCGAAAAAAAGGAGACCCUUGACGCGGGUGAGAAGCGAAAGGAGCCCCCGGAGCAGCCCUCAGACACUGCCCCGGUGCAGACGAAACCAAAAAUGGAAGAGCGAUUUGGGGGCAACUUCGUCUCGAAGGUGCGGGAGGUCAUGGAGACGUUGAUCGCCAUGCGUGGGCGGCUGUUUGAAGCUGCGAAGAAUGCUGGCACAGCAGAAGCUGUGGCGGCCUUCGAAGACGAAGUUGACUAUGGCGACGAUGAGGAGCUGGACGUGGAGGCCGCCUCGCAGGCCUUAAGUGCAGGCGAUGCGCAAAGUGUGAAGCUGAUGGAGCUUUUGCUGGACGAGCAAAAGAGGCUGUCAGCACAGAUCGAGGCUCUGGCUUCCUCCCAGGCCACGAGCAGCGGAAGCCAGCAGGAGCAGCUCGCUGAGCGGGUGUGGGCUGCCCUUCAAGCCAACGAUGCAGAAGCGUCGGAGGCCGCCUUGCGCCAACUGCCCCCAAGCACCAUAGAGGCCAUGAAAGACGCAGCGGGCGCCACACCCUUGCACGUGGCAGCACGCAACCGGUGGCUGGGCCUGACAGCGUAUCUGCUGGAAGUCGCGCCAAGUCUGGCAGUGGCCACGACCUACUCCAGACAGCCGCCGAAGUGGACAGCGCUUAUGUCCUUGGCGAACAUGCCGAAAGCCAGGGACGAGGCGGUCGCUGACCGGGAGGCAGAGAUCGUUCGGCUGCUGUUGCAGCACAUGCCAGUGGAUGCGCUCAAUAUCCAGAGCGGAACUGGUGCCAGCGUUACACAUCUGGCGGUUCCAAAGGGCAAUCAUGCCUUAACGGAACAAGUUUUGUGGGCGCUCUACACCAAAGGCGGGUGGAGCGCAGUCGAGCAUCACCUGGGGCUCGCAAACCACCUGGGGAAGAGCGCCCUGGACUUGGCAUUGCGCAGUAACGUCGCGUUUGCCAAAGUUCUCCGGGACCACUGGUGGGCCGUGUCCUUGACACCGGCGCCGGCGAGCGACGAGCGCGAUUAUUCGCGCAGGUACAGAACUACCGGACAAAGGAGUUGGUGGUGA